UUUUCUGCCUUGCUUCCCUCGCCCCCAGCCAGAACUGACAAUGUGGUGCAGUGCGAGCGGGUGCCCGUGAGAUGCUGAACGCGUGUCACAGCCCCGGCGCAGCCGCGGGGAGCGGAGCCCCGGGAGCCCCCGCCGCCCGGGCCCGUGGGCUCCGCGGGAGGUGCCCGCCCCGAGCCCGGGUUAGCAGUGCGCGGCCGCGGCGCGGGGCGUUCCGCAGUUGCUGAAGUAAAACUUCUGUCCUCCCCAUGCUAACUGUUGACAUGGAAAACAAGGAAAAUGGCUCUCUGGAUGUCAAAAAUUCACUAGAGAAUGGGAGACCUCUGGAUCCCGCUGACUGGGCUGUUACUGAUGUUGUGAAUUAUUUCAGGACAGCUGGAUUUGAAGAACAAGCCAAUGCUUUUCAGGAACAGGAAAUUGAUGGCAAAUCAUUACUGUUGAUGACAAGAAAUGAUGUACUGACUGGACUUUCAUUAAAACUGGGGCCUGCGCUGAAAAUCUAUGAAUAUCACGUAAAACCUCUACAGACACAACAUCUAAAGAACAACUCUUUAUAGCUAAUUGUCUAAUUGGGGUCAUGCUGUGCCUCAAAGGAAAAAUAAGCAAUUUGGUUUCAUGUGAUGGAACUUUGUAAAGAGAGAAUAUAUCUAUUAAGAGUUUAAACCAAAUUAGAAUAUAUAUCCUAUUGGAUAGAGCUGGCAAUAUACUAUAUGCUGAGUCUGAACUGAGAGAGGUGGUGUGUAUUUUUUACAUAGUACAUAAUGAUUUUCUCUUUUAGGAAGUGUCAAUGAGCAUGUUGAGAUAGCUUCAUCACUGUAUCCAGAACAAAAGGGAGGUAUGUCAUUCUCAUUUUUGAGCCAGACAUGUUCUUGAUUUCAUUAAUUAAGAUACCAAAAAAUUAAACAAAAACAACCCCAAAGUUUACAUGCAUCUUUAAAGAGAGGAACCAAUUAAAGUAGGUUUUGGUUUACACUAAAACCUACUAAAAUUAUUACUACUUAUAAUUUCAGGAUGGGACUGACACUUGCCAAGUCACCCUUUUUUGCAGAGGGUCCUAUUUUGACCUUAUUAAGGUUUACUCGUGGUAUGCUGCAAUGUUUAAAGCUGUACAUAGAACUAACAUAACUCCUUCGAUAGCAGAAGGUGUUGCUGACAGGUGAAACUGAGUUGUGUAUUUUUUUCUGUCCUUUAAAUUUUCAGCUUUUCACCUGUUUUUAAUAGUAGUCCUAUGUAAAAUAUCGUUGGUUUUUAAGGGUUUGUGUUGCUUUACAAACAAAAAAGCUUCAUUUUAUUCCUUUUUUAAUUUAUGAUUGUUUUCUAACAUUAUGCAGAAAUUUGUAAAAAGUAAAAUUCUGCACAUUUUUAAUAUUGUCUGUCUUUGGUGUUGUAAUGAUUGAUUUUUUUUAAUGCUUUACUUAACACUUUGAAUACUUGUUUUAAGAACUGAAAGAAGCUGUCUUGUCACCAUACAUCUCUGUUAAAAGAGAGUCGUGUUCAAUCUGUUUGUACUGGUUCCCUAUUUGAUAGGUUGCUUGCUAUAUCCCAAUAAAACAUUGCUUAUGUUUGGAUUC